UUCCCACGCCCCAGUGCGCUGUGGGAUAGUGGCACUAUAAAGUAUAUCCUCUCUCCGAGAAAGAUAAGAAGCCCGAGACAGGAGGGGAUGAAGAUGGCGGACGCCAAGCAAAAAAGGAACGAACAGUUGAAACGGUGGUUAGGGUCGGAGACAGACAUCGAGCCUCCUAUUCUGAAAAAGAAGAAGACGAAGGUGAAGUUCGACGAUGGCGCCGUGUUUUUGGCUGCCUGCUCAAGCGGCGAUACCGAGGAGGUGCUCCGAAUGAUUGACCGGGGUGCUGACAUCAACUACGCCAAUGUAGACGGUCUGACUGCCCUCCACCAGGCGUGCAUAGAUGACAAUGUGGACAUGGUGACGUUCCUGGUGGAGCAUGGGGCUGCCAUCAACCAGCCCGACAAUGAGGGCUGGAUCCCCCUCCAUGCUGCAGCCUCCUGUGGAUACAUGGACAUAGCAGAGUAUCUGAUUGGCCAGGGAGCCAGCGUGGGGGUGGUGAACAGUGAGGGGGAGACACCACUGGACAUCGCUGAGGAGGAGGCCAUGGAGGAGCUCCUGAAGAAUGAGAUCAACCGACAAGGCGUGGACAUCGAGGCGGCCAGGAAGGAGGAGGAGCGGAUCAUGCUGAGGGACGCCCGGCAGUGGCUCAACAGCGGAACCAUCAACGACGUCCGACACGCCAAGUCCGGGGGGACCGCACUCCACGUCGCCGCCGCCAAGGGAUACGCUGAGGUUUUAAAGCUUUUAAUCCAAGCAGGGUAUGAUGUAAAUAUUAAAGACUUUGACGGCUGGACCCCGCUCCACGCCGCUUCACAUUGGGGCAAAGAGGAGGCCUGCAAGAUACUGGUUGAGAACCUGUGUGACAUGGACCUUAUCAAUAAAGUGGGUCAGACAUCUUUUGAUGUUGCAGAUGAAGAUGUCCUUGGCUACUUAGAGGAAUUACAGAAGAAGCAGAAUCUGCUCAAUAGUGAAAAGAAGGAUGUUAAGAAGUCUCCCUUGAUAGAAACGACGACCACUGGGGACAACAAUCAAAAUCUAAAAUCCAUUAAGAGCAAAGAGACCCUCCUCCUGGAGCCCGAGAAGCCCGCCCUGCGCAUCGAGACCCUGGAACCGGAGAAGGUGGACGAGGAAGAGGAGGGCAAGAAGGACCAGGAGUCCAGCUGCUCCAGCGAGGAGGAAGAGGAGGAAGACUCAGAGUCUGAGACUGAAGCCGACAAGAGCAAGACGCCUGUCCCUGUGAGCAACAGUAACGGCACUACUGUGGUGCCAGCGCCGACCAGCGUUACGGUGUCCUCCACCUCCCCAACCAGCCCCACUAACCAGGUGACUCUCACCUCGCCUGUCAAGAAGUCUGAUUAUAUUACUGCCCUCAUGCCUGUGGCGGAGCCAAGCUGUCCUGCAUUGUGGCGUCAAGGCUUGCGCAAAACUGGCAUUUCUCUUGUGCCCAAAAAACCCAUGGUGGCCCAGCAGGUGUCCCCUGCUGGUAAGGUCUCUCCUAAAGAGGUCUCCCCUAAAGAUAAACAGGAGGAUGAUAAGACUAAGAAAUCGGACGAGUCCCCGGCAUCGUGGCGCCUGGGCCUGAGGAAGACCGGCAGCUACGGGGCGCUGGCAGAGAUCACGGCCACUAAGGAGGCCCAGAAGGAGAAGGACACGGCCGGGGUGAUGCGCUCGGCCUCCAGCCCCCGCCUCUCCUCCUCCCUGGACAACAAGGACAAAGAGAAGGAAAAAGACAAAGGAACCAGACUUGCCUACGUUGCCCCCACCAUCCCCAGGAGGCUGGCCAGCACAUCAGACAUUGACGAGAAGGAGAACAGGGACUCUGCUGCUAGUCUGGUACGUAGCGGCUCCUACACCAGGAGACGCUGGGACGAUGAGCUGAAGAACAGUGAAGGAAGUGCUUCCACCACCCGAACAACACCCAGCUAUCAGCGCAGCACGUCCCACACGCUAACGCUAGGGCGGAGCGGCAGCACGCGGGACGUGCCAGCCAAGUCCUCGUCUGCCUCCAGCUUGGACCCUAUCACCUGUAACACUAAACCCUGGCAGUCACCCGCCUCCCACUACCAGUCUUACAGCAUUUACCGCAGUGGUUCCUUUGGCAGGAGGCACGAAGACCUGGGUUCGACCACCUCUUCCUCCACUAGCACCACCACCACCUCGUCUGUUACCUCGCCCACCGGCCACCGUGACCGCAGUCUGCUCUCCAGCCUGGGUUCCUCCACCCGCACCGGAUCCUCCAGCCUCACCAGCAGGUACUGGGCAGAGGAGAGUGCGGAGAGGGAAAAGGAGCGGGAGAAGGAGUCUGCUGCAGUCAUCCCUACGAUUAACACUGGUUCUACCACCACCACCACGUCCACUACUGGCACUAUCAUUGGCUCUGACGGCAGGGAGAGACGCAGGUCCGACAUGCGCACAUCGUACCUCACGCCUGUCCGGGAUGAAGAGUCGGAGUCCCAGAGGAAAGCCCGCUCCAGACAGGCUAGACAGUCCAGACGGUCUACCCAGGGUGUGACUCUGACUGACCUCCAAGAGGCAGAGAAGACCAUCGGCAGGAGCCGCCCCAUACGGACCCGGGACGAGGAGAAGGAAGAGAAGGAGAAACAAGACAAGGAGAAGCAGGAGGAGAAGAAGGAGACUGGUGAAACCAAGGAGGAUGACUACCGGUCGAGGUACCGCAGCUUCGAAGAGACUUACCAGCGUUACCGUCCCUCCGCCACCUCGACCACCACCCUGAGCACGGCCUCCACCCCGUCCUCCACUUCCUCCAGCUCCCUCAACAGGCCCAACAGCCUGACCGGCAUCACCUCCAGCUCCCUCAACAGGCCCAACAGCCUGACCGGCAUCACCUCCUCUUACAGCCGCUCCUCCAGGGACACUGAGAAAGAAUCAGACAAGAAGCAGCAGGAGGAGGAGAAGGAGGGAGAGGAUAAGUCCCAGCCCCGCUCCAUACGGGAUCGCCGGCGGCCCCGUGAGAAGAGACGCUCCACCGGGGUGUCUUUCUGGACCCAAGAUGGGAGUGAUGACAAUGACCCAGACCAGUCGGCGGACUCAGAGGAAGGCAGCAUCAAGGGUGAACCUCAGAGCGACCGACUGUCCAGGAAUGAGAGCAGCACUUCCUCUUCUGACCGCUAUGACCACUUGGGUAGCCGUGGCUACGGCGAGGGUCGCAGGUCAUUCUCAAGCAGGCUGGACCGAGACGAUAGCACUGACUACAAGAAGCUUUAUGAGCAGAUCCUAGCUGAGAAUGAGAAGCUGAAAGCCCAGUUACGUGACACAGACCUGCAGCUGAAUGACUUGAAGCUACAGCUGGAGAAAGCCACGCAGAGGCAGGAGCGCUUUGCUGACCGGUCGCAGCUUGAGAUGGAGAAAAGGGUUACAAGCAGGCCCCAAUUUCAGCUGGGUGGAAAGAAGAGCUCUAGAAAGGAAGAUCUCUGAUAUGGAGGAGGAACUUAAGACGCUACCAGACUUGAAAGCAGACAACCAGAGACUAAAGGACGAGAAUGGAGCUCUUAUUCGAGUCAUUAGCAAGCUUUCCAAGUAGAACAGACCCUCCUGUGCCCGCCCACUCCUCCAUGGCAGUGACUAAUGGACUUGCAACUUUUAGGUAUUAAUUGCAAGACAUCAGCAGCGAGAAGUCUCCUUCUCCCCUCAGCCCUUCUGUCCCUCCUCUCCCACCACCACAGCAUCCUCCAUGUCCUCCCUCUCUCCAUUAGGUUAUUCUCCACUUCAACCUGUGGCUGCUCUCCAGAUAGAACCACUGAGUUUACAUCAGCAAAGGAUAGGGUUGUGAACGGCAUGUAAAAGCAUUUGCGGGCGGGGAAGCCUCAACUAUUUAACCAAUAAGCCUUAGUUGUACAUAAAACACUUCUAUCGAUCUCUUGGCUGUCACAGAAGGACAGUUAUUUCACACCUGAUUUUAUUUGUGCCACAAACUCUUAUUUGAUCUUUUUGUUUCCAUUUCCUGUUUAUUCCUCGACCCACAUACAAGGGUUGUGUGAUGUGUAGUUGUCCUGUUCUUUCUGACCCCCCUCUCCCCCAGAGGUCCUCUGGGGGAGAGGGGUUCAGGCUCUGUCUCACAGCAGAAGACUUCCCAGUGGUACCUCCCGUCUUAGUGCGUGCAACCUCCCCCUCCCCCGACACACACCACACAAGCACACGCGCACACACCUCUAUCCACGCCACUCACCCCCUUUCCAUUUCUGUACCUUUGUGUGUCUCCCUCAGAGGUAAAUGGAAUUAUCGCUUUACAGAACAGGUGGACUUGGUGGAAUUUAAGCUUUCACUGUAUGUGCAAUAUGCAUUUAUUUCUAAUAAAAAUGCUUUAAUGAUGAGUCCAUCACUAGUAGGAUUUUCACUCCUCUUCCAUCUUUCCAUCGCUCACCCCUUUCACCGACCCUCUCCCCCCCUCUUUUCUUUAAGGUUGUAGUGUAGUCGUUGGUUUAUACUCUAUUUCUCACUUCGUUUUAGCAGGUACUGAGUGAUGCUGUAUAUACCUGUAUGUAUCGUUUGAGACCAGCACAUGGCAUGCAUUUAUGAUUCCCGUCUGUUACUAUUAAAAAUAUACAAACUCCAGAGGACAAAAAAAGUGUGUUUUUAACUAUUUUCUUCAUUUAUAGUCUAAAGACAUUGGAUUACAAAAGGGCCUCUCUCUUAAAGGGAAUGGCUGGCAGUGUUCAGUGCUUCUUCUUUACAGUUUUAAGUGUUCAAGGUAAUUGUGAGAUACAAAUAAUAUAAUUGCUUCACUACAUUUCACACAUUGUAUUCAGUAACUUUGGACGAGUGCUGUUCAUUUCUUUUUUUUUUCAGUUUUUAAAGCCGUAGUAUUAGCCAAGGUGUUGUCACUAAAAGAUCUUAGGUAUUGCUAACCCAGUCCUUUUUACAAUGUCUACAUGCACUGUCAAUGCCAUGUGAGGAGUAUUUGAUGUCAGCCACCAUCAAAUAAAGUCCCUGCAUCAAACCCAUUUUAUGCAUUUCGGUGGCCUUUUUAAGGAUACUGUAGCAAAGAAAACAAGUUGCUUGUAGUUGGACUGUUGGCCGUCUCCUCUUUUGGUUUACAUUUUUGCUGUUUUUCCUUUUUAAAUUUCCCAUCUUGUAAAAUAGGCGUGUGGCUUCAUACAUGCGAGCUGUGCUGUGACUACCAACCACUGAAGAGUUCAUUAAAAAUAAACUUGUACAUUGUAAA